GCUUUUAUUUUAUUUUACUUUUUCUCGGCCAGUGAACAUUCUUCUCCUCUCCGUACUCUCCCUCGGGCUCACUACACGCCGCGCAACCAAGUUCCGCAGAGUUCAAGUUCUGACCAUCUGAAAUCUAAAAAUAUCCCUUAAAUCCAAAUCAGUUUUUCACAUAGACCACUGACUUAAGUCCUUCCUGUCAGAUCGACUGCUAUUAUCCCAAAUUCAUUGGUCGUGCAUCCAUACGUUCUCGCGUUCCAAAGAUUUUGAACUCAGGAUCAUCUCAUUCUUGAAAGUUGAUAUAGAUAAAGAGAAGACAAGCUGAUCCAGUUCAUUAUACUGUUUCUCAAAUGGAUCCAGAAGCUGCACGCCAUGCACGGGAUUCACUGGAUCUAGUAUUUCACAUGUCGAAUAUUCUUGACACUGGACUUGAUCGUCACACUCUAUCCGUUCUGAUUGCUCUCUGUGAAAUGGGUUUCAGCCCUGAGGCUUUGGCCGCUGUAGUUAAGGAGCUUUGUAGAGAAACAUCAGUUUCUUCUUCUGCCGCAAAAACUGCUCCAUCAGCACCUUAGAAAGAUUUCUUUCAAUCCUCUUAGAUUGCUGAAAGUGGUAGGUACAAUCUCAAGAGGGGCACAAAAAGCCAUCAUUAUGGUAAUAUAUAUACCUUUGGUUUAGAGAUAGGUAUAAAAUUUGAGCGUCAGGGCCAGCGCCCCACGCUGGCCUGGACGCUCAAAAUGUAAACGUGUCCUAUUUCGAUUAGGACUCGGUUAUUUCGACAGUAGGAUGUUUCCAACUCAUAUAAAAGCGAAUCUAAACCUAUUUUGAGAGGGGAGGACGUUUUGGAGAGGAAACACAAGCACAGAGCCGCCGUGGAUCAUCGGGUUUCAUCUUUUCUUCCACCAAACUUUGUAAUUUUUAUGUUUCUUUGUAUGAUUUGUUGUUUGGCUACAAUGUCGUGGAACUAAACUUCACAUUCUAGGGUUGUGGUUCUUUCAUUACUAUUUUUAU